UGGUAAUCUUGUUUGUUAAGUGUCAUUUUUUUGCGAUUUGCUGAAUGAGGUUAUGGGUUUGCAAUUUGUUCUGUUUUUGAGCUGAUAUGAGUUUGCGAUUUGUUCUGUUCUUGAGCUAAUAUGAGUUUGCGAUUUGUUCAUUCUCAUGACACACAUUGCCUGCAGGAUUCUUCUGGUAUUUUCUGGGACAAUGACAGUUUGGCUGGUCUAUUAGCACUUGAACUUAAAGUUGAUCUUCUUGUUUUAUUAAGUUAUGUUGAGGGCCUUUAUAGUGGUCCUCCUAAUGACCCAAUCUCAAAGUUAAUUCAUACAUAUAUAGAAGAAAAACAUCAAAGAGAAAUUACUUAUCGAGACAAAUCAAGAUUAGGCAGAGGGGGUAUGACUGCUAAAGUCAAUGAUGCUAUUUGUGCUGUUCAUGCUGGCAUCCCUGUUAUUAUAACUAGUGGCUAUGCCACAGACAACAUCAUACGAGUGCUUCAAGGGGAGAAAAUGGGUACCGUCUUUCAUAAAGAUGCACAUCUGUGGAAAAACAUUAAGCAAGAGAGUGCACAUGAAAUGGCAGUUGCAGCAUGUAAUAGUUCUAGACGACUUCAGAUCUCUAGACUUGCAAAGUCUGUGCACAUGUUGGCAGAUAUGGAGGAGCUAGUUGGUCAGAUUUUAAAGAGAUCUGAGCUAGCUGAUAAACUCAUUCUGGAGAAAAUAUCAUGUCCUCUAGGUGUACUCCUGAUUAUAUUUGAAUCUCGACCCGAUGCUCUUGUUUUGAUUGCUGCAUUGGCAAUUCGAAGUGGGAAUGGUUUAUUACUUAAAGGAGGAAAUGAAGGCCGAAGAUCAAAUGCUGCCUUACACAAGGUGAUUACUUCAGUCAUGCCAGAUAUAGUUGGCGACAAACUCAUUGGGCUUGUGACUUCAAGGGAUCAAAUUCCAGAUCUACUUAAGAUCUUGUGGUCCCUAGAGGCAGUAAUAGGCUUGUUUCUCAAAUCAAGGAGUCAACAAGAAUUCCAGUUCUUGGUCAUGCUGAUGGAAUUUGUCAUGUAUAUGUUGACAAGUCUGCUAAUAUUGAUAUGGCAAAGCAGAUAAUUAGGGAUGCAAAGAUUGAUUAUCCUGAUGCCUGCAAUGCAAUGGUAAUUAGCAUUCACAUCAUUUGCAAUGCUUUGUUCCUUGUAAAAAAUGUUCAUCGACAUUCUCCUAGCCUGUUAGAUUUUGCUUGCUUGUUAUUUUGAUGUUGUGAAUAGAAUUUAUGGACUGUGCUCAUUGAAAUAAUUUGUCAUGAUAUUCUUAGAAAACUCUUCUUGUACACAAGAAUUUGUCGUGUAAUGGUGGACUUAAUGAGCUUAUCCUUGAGAGAGUGGGUUCACC